ACCAACUUGGCACUUGCGGACGCAUAACCUUCGCUGCCAAGCUAGAACCUUCACGGGAGAAUCAUUCUCUCUCCUGCCGUGGCCACUAUGGUCGAAUCACCAUCGACACAAACCUAAACGGGCUGUUCUUCGUCACAUGUCGGAACUCUCGGACCUCCGCGGUAAAUAUCACUCUUUUGAGCCAUCCAACAUCAAUUUAUUCGUAUAUUAUGCUGUUCUGCAUUGAUGUCCGCGCCUUGUAAGAACGUCCUCGACAGCUGUGUUGAACAAAAUCGAUUAAUCAUAAGUUGAGCGCGUCUUGACCGCCACUCGGCACAGCCACCUGCCACCCAGUGACGCCAGUCACGAUGCUGUAUCCCACUCCUUCCUUGUCCCCAUCCAUUAGCCCCACAUGUCUUACUAUACCCCUAACCCUCCCAAUGCCUAUGGAUCAAUCCCUCCCAGUAACUAUACGUCAAACCCUCCUGGUGCCUAUCCGCCCAACGCCUACCCGUCAAACAUCGGUCGAUACCCCAGUUCCCAACCAAGGCAGUACACUCAACAACAGGGUCUUCCAGCUGGCGCCGAUCCUCAGCUCUGGCAGUGGUUCUGCGCUGUCGAUACUGAUCGAUCGGGCGCUCUCAGCGUCACGGAACUUCAAGAUGCCCUGGUAAACGAGUUUGAUCUCGAUACGGUCAAGAUGCUCAUGAACAUCUUUGUACCUGGAACCAUCGGCUUCAAUGAAUUUGCUGGCUUAUGGAAAUAUAUCGCCGAACACUUUGACAGAGACCAUUCGGGUUCUAUCGACGGACGUGAACUUGCGGAAGCCCUUCGCAACUUUGGUUACAGCCUAUCUCCUCCUUUGUUGCGAGCGCUAGAAAUUCGAUACGCAUCUGGCGCGACUAGUGCGUAUGGGCCCCCUCCUGGUAUCACUUUCGACCGCUUCGUGAGAGCGUGCGUGACCGUCAAGACUUUGACCGAAACAUUCCAAAGGGAGGACCGUGACAACGACGGCUGGAUUCAACUCAACUAUGAAGAUUUCUUGAAGAUUUCGCUGAGUGCGCCUUAACUGAUGAGAACUGUGAUGCGAUGCGAUAAACAACGUCUGUAUUCGUUGAAGAUGUAUGAUAACCUUUUGAAAUACGAUGUUUCAUGUAUAUACAACCCUCACCGUUCUGUAUGUAUGUAUAUGAGCUUCGCCAAAGAUGCUGCUUGUAAUUUCAAUUUGCAUGCUUUAUAAGCCCCAUUUGGACCCCU